UCCGCCCCCCACCCCUCCUCCUCGCUACCAAGCAUCACCCUCGUGAGGCCUCGUGGCGUUCUGCGCUGCCCUCACCGAGCCUGGCGCCUUUUCUGCCAGCGAGGGGCGGGGAUCGGGCGGGGGCCGCGGGGAGGCCCAGGGCACAUGACGCCCCCUCCCCGCGGCCCCCGCGCCCGGCACAUGACCCAGGCCGGCCGGCAAACCCGAGUCGCGCGCGUCCCCAGCACGACCCAUGGCCUCCCCGCGCCUCGGCACCUUCUGCUGCCCCACGCGGGACGCCGCCACGCAGCUCGCGCUGGGCUUCCAGCCGCGGGCCUUCCACGCGCUGUGCCUGGGCAGCGGCGCGCUCCGCCUGGCGCUCGGCCUCCUGCUGCUGCGGCCCGGGCGCCGGCCGGCCGGCCCCGGGGUCGUCUUGGCCCCGCCGCGGACCUCGGCCCGCGGCCCCGCCUCUGUGCGCAUCGUGCGCGCCGCCACCGCUUGCGACCUGCUCGGCUGCCUGGGUAUCGUGGUCCGGUCUGCGGUGUGGUUAGGGUUUCCGAGUUUCGUGGACGACAUCUCCGCCGUGAACAGGACAGACGUGUGGCCAGCUGUCUUCUGCAUGGGGAGUGCACUCUGGAUCCAGCUAUUGUACAGCGCUUGCUUCUGGUGGUGGUUCUGCUAUGCGGUGGACGCCUACCUGGUGAUCCGGAAGUCGGCGGGACAGAGUACCAUCCUGCUGUACCACCUGAUGGCCUGGGGCCUGGCCGCCCUGCUGAGCGUGGAGGGAGCCCUAAUGCUGUACUAUCCUUCCAUGACCAGGUGUGAGAGGGGCCUGGAGCACGCCAUCCCCCACUACAUCACCACGUACUUGCCGCUGCUACUGGUCCUCGUGGGCAACCCCAUCCUAUUCCGAAAGACGGUGACUGCAGUGGCCUCCUUACUGAAGGGAAGACAAGGCGUUUACACGGAGAACGAGAGACGCCUGGGAGCUGUGAUCAAGACCCGAUUCUUCAAAAUAAUGCUGGUUUUCAUCGUUUGCUGGUUCUCAAAUGUCAUCAAUGAAAGCCUUUUGUUCUAUCUUGAAAUGCAACCAGAUAUCAACGGUAGCUCUUUGAAACAGGUCAGAAAUGCAGCCAAGACCACAUGGUUCAUGAUGGGGAUCCUGAAUCCAGCCCAAGGUUUCCUCUUGUCCCUGGCCUUCUACGGCUGGACGGGCUGCCGCCUGACGCUUCCAGGUCCCAGCAGGGAGAUCCCAUGGGACUCGAUGACCACCUCGGCCACCGAGGGGGCUCCCCCAUCCCCCGGGGGCCCCCACAAGCCCGGGGAAAGCCCCACUCCCAAGAAGGAGCUUCCAGGCGGUGCACACACUUCCGACGAGGCCUUGAGCCUGCUGUCUGAAGGUUCCGACGGCAGCACCAUCGAAAUCCACGUCGCAAGCGUGUCCCGCGGCGGCAAGGCGGCGGACUCUGUUCCGCAAGUCCGAGGAGACCCGUAGAGAGGACGAGACGGGGCUGGGGCGGGGGCGGGGGGGAUUGUCAGGCCCUCUGUGUGUGUUUUCAGACGCGGGGGUUCUCAUCACUCACACAGUGCUCUCGGCCCCUCAGUCGGCACACUGCGGGGUGUAGUGUACGCCCCCCCGCUCACUGAAUCUUCCAGCCAUCACAGUUAAGAGCGUGUUCCCUGGCAGCCUCUGUGUGAUGCAGAGGCCCAACGUGGGCCUGUGCUUGAGAACCAAAGGCAGAUUCCCUUCGAGGCCUGCAGAUGUCCUGAGUGUCUGUGGACGUUCGUUUUUCUGAUCUGGCUGUAAUGUCAACGCCAGACCCAGGUCCUUGGAAGAGUUAAUAAUGAUAAUAAAGAAGUAGUUGUGUCCGA